AUGCGGUCCCCCAGGUCCAUAAAAGAUAUUCAACAACUGAAUGGGAGGCUGAUAGCCCUUAACCGUUUCUUGUCCAAAGUAGCCGACAGAACACUUCCCUUCAUGAAAGUCCUUAAGGAAUGCCUUCAGACAAACAAAUUCAAGUGGACUCCGGAAGCUGAGGCAGCCUUCCGAGAGAUGAAAGACUACAUCUGCAGGCUUUCAACCUUAGCCACCCCAGUCCCUGGGGAGGAACUGCUCUUGUACGUGUCUGCAUCCAAGACGACGAUCAGUGCCGUGAUGAUGAUGAUGAUGAUGGAAAGGGAAGAGAAACAAAUACCCAUAUACUUCAUCAGCAGAACCCUUAAAGAUCCAGAGGAGCAUUACAUGCCACUAGAGAAGCUAACCCUGGCACUUGUCUUUGCUUCUCGAAGGCUCCGGAGAUAUUUCCAAGCACACAAAAUCACACUAUUGACGGACCAACCGCUCCAAAAGGUCCUUAGGAGACCAGAACUCUCAGGCCAAUUGGCUAAAUGGGCCAUCGAGCUAGGGGAACACUCCCUAGAGUACAAAGCAAGAACCGCAACAAAAGGGCAAAUACUGGCGGACUUCUUGGCAGAAGUCCCUAAGGAAGAGGAGAAAGAACUUCUUAAAUGGAAAAACCUGGAGGAGGAAGAGAAGAAGAAGGACGACGAAGCAGUAUGGAAACUGUUCACAGACGGGGCUUCAAGUGAGGAUGCAAGCGGGGCAGGGAUCACACUGAUCACCCCCGAGGUAAUCAAACUGACAUACGCCAUCAGAUUGGAUUUCGAAAACACCAAUAACACGACAGAAUAUGAGGCUCUCCUAGCCGGGCUGAGGCUAACAAAAAAGAUGAGAGCAAUACAUGUUGAAGCUAACACUGAUUCACAGCUGAUAGUCAAGCAAUACCACGGGGAAUAUGAAGCGAAGGACAACUCGAUAGCCCAAUACGUAGACAGGGUGAAAAAAUUGGCCGACACCUUCAACACUUUCAAGCUUGAAUACAUUCCUCGAGGAAGAAACAGGAAGUCCGAUGCCCUUAGCAAGUUAGCCUUCGUGGCCUUCGACCACUUGGCAAGGGAAGUCAAGGUGGAAGUCCUGACAUCCCCCUCCAUCGUAACGGAUGGGGAUUUGUGGCAUUCAGGAAACCUGGAUGACACCAAUUCUGAAGUUCCUCAGGGACGGGACGCUGCCAGAGGGCGAUUGGGCGGCCCGCAAGGCGCUUGUGCGCUUAGUAUAAUCGAAAAUCCAGUCUCGAUUAAAAACAUCGAGUGCUCAAUCAUAAACAAGGAUUUUGAGGAAGGAUGGUGUCUCGACCACCCUCAAGAGAACUUGAAAAAAGUAACGAUUGUUGGAAGUGAUCCUGCUAGGUUAGUUGCUGCUGAUCAACUAAAUAGGAUAGGCCAUACAGUCGCCGUAUUCGAGCGCGCUGACCAAAUCAGAGGACUUAUGAUGUAUGGGGUUCCUAAUUUGAAGCUUGACAAAAUCGACGUAGUUCAAAGACGGGUUGACAUGAUGGCUGUGGCACCUUCAAUUCCGGUUGGUCUAUAUGGACAUGGCUGCGAUAUAAAAGUACCAGCAAGGGGCAAAGCACUGGUUUCUACAGAUUUAAGCAUAGCUGUACGAGAAGGAACAUAUGCUCGCACAGUGGCAAUGAACGCGAGGUUUUAUUGGCCCAGAUUGUACGAGACAGCGUCGAAGGAAAUCAAGAAAUGUGAUAAUUGUCAAGUGCAUGCUCCCAUGACACACCGCCACAAACACCCCAUCAUACCCGUAUCAACAUCUUGGCCAUUACAGAAGUGGGCUAUGGACAUUAUUGGACCGUUCCCAGAAGGUACAGGAGGGGUCAAGUAUGUGGUGGUUGCCACUGAUUACUUCACCAAGUGGGUUGAGGCGAGGCAAUGA